AUGACCUCCAAGGUGGUGCAGUCUCCAUGGUUUCCACAAGCAGAGACCUCCGAGGUGGUGCAAUCUUUAGGAGCUCAGGAAGUAGCGACCUCCAAACCUGUUUCAAGAUUCAAGUCAGAGGAAGAGAAAAGGGCUGGGCUGGCCACUGAUUAUGGUUGGCACCUAGCAGAUGACUUCUCUUUAGCGAAUAAGAUCGUUGAAGGUGGUUUCGGGGUUGUCUACAAGGGUCGUCUUGGAGAUGGGCAAGAGAUAGCCGUGAAAAGGUUAUCGAUACAUUCAGGACAAGGCAAUGCAGAGUUUAAAACAAAAGUACUCUUAAUGACCAAGCUGCAACACAAGAACCUUGUUAAACUCUUUGGUUUCUCCAUCAAAGAAUCUGAAAUACUACUUGUCUAUGAGUUUAUCCCAAAUACAAGUCUUGAUCGGUUCUUGUUCGAUCCUAUCAAGCAGAAAGCAACUAGACUGGGAGAAAUCAUCAUAGGAAUCUCCCAGGGAUUGCUUUACCCUACACGAGUUUCCAAUCAUCCACCGUGA